AAAGCACCACGUGUGACCUAAAUACAUAUUAAUAGUGCGCACUAACAGACAUGCUAACUAAAAAGAUAAAGCAAAAUAAAUAUUGACAACGCUCUGGUUCUGAUACAAGGAAUCAUUUCAUGCGCCUCAGUUGUUGACAUUGCAAGUUGAAAAGAUCUGCACUAGCAUCUGACAGAAAGAAAUUAACAACUCAUUAGCAUGAACGGCCACCAGAGCGCCACCGACAGCACCCCCACCUGUGACACAACAACCUCAAGCGCGGCACUCAAAGAAUUUCUCAACAGCAUUCCCAAACUGGCCCAGUUGACAGACAGAUUUGGAAACACUUUUCACUUCGGCAAUGCUGGAGAUUAUUGGACUCAGGCGUUUGGCAUUGGGGCUAACGCAGACUACAGGACACACACGAAGGACAUUCGAAACAUGGACAUUCGAGAUGACGACAUCCUCAUCUGUUCUUAUCCCAAAUCAGGUCUACACUGGCAUAUUGAGGUUAUCAAAAUGUUGCUGAACCAAUCAAAGAAUCUAACUGAUGAGGAUAUUACCGGACACUGUUUUCUAGACGCUGUUCCCAGUGAGUUAUUCAGCAGCUUCAAAACCCCAAGACUACUGGUCACUCACGUGCCUUUUAGACACAUUCCGAAACAAGCUUUAGAGAAAAAGAUUAAAAUUCUAGUUUUGGAGAGAAACCCAAAGGAUGUCCUGGUGUCUUUCUACAACCACGUGUACAAUCAUCUGCCACCCCUCAACUAUCCAGGGACCUUUGAACAGUUCUUUCAGUUGUAUUUUGAAGUUGGCUAUCUCUUCGGAAACAUAUUUGAUUACGUCAUGGAGUGGCAAAACGGAAGAGAAGCCAAUCCUCAAGUACAUUUCUUAGUGUCUGUCUUUGAAGACAUGAAAACGGACCCAGUCAGAGGCGUUAAAAGGCUGAACACAUAUCUAGGGAGUGGGUGCAGUGAUAAGCUGUGUGAACAAAUCGCCGCCGCCUGCAGCUUUGAGAAGAUGAAGAAACACAAAGACGAGACGGCAUCUCCUCUAAUGAAGUCGGUGUUCAAACAUAACAAACUGGCCAUUUACAGGAAAGGUGAAGUGGGAGACUGGAAGAACUGGUUCACUGAGGCCAUGAAUGAACAAUUUGAUCAAGAAUACAAGAAAAGAAUGUCUGACUACAAAUCUGUCUACAAAUACACACUCUGACAUUGUCACUUGUCAUCUGCGUUGGUAGAUAUUAAUUAAGUGUUGGGAUUAAAAAUGAAUAUGUAAUGUUUUCUAUUUAAUAUUUCGACAUUUCAACGCAAAUUUAUUUUUGGCUUUAUUUGUUGUUCAAUUAUUACCCGAAUUGGGUCACGGAAUUCCGAAUAAAAUUAUGACUUGAAA